AUGCUACUGUUGCUCAUCUCAAUACUGGGGAUAUUUGCCCUGAGAGAUUCCAGAGGCCAGUCAGUGACCCAGCCUGAUGAUCCUGUUUUGGUCUCUGAAGGAACCUCAUUGGAGCUGAAGUGUAACUAUUCCUACGGUGCAACUCCCUAUCUCUUCUGGUAUGUCCAGUACCCCAGGCAAAGACCCCAGCUGCUCCUCAAGUACUUUUCAGGGAACACCGUGGUUCAAGGCAUUAGAGGCUUCGUGGCUGAAUUUAAGAGCACUGAGUUUUCCUUCAACCUGAGGAACUUCUCAGCCCAUUGGAGUGACUCGGCUGAGUACUUUUGUGCACUGAGUGGCACAGUGCCUGGGACUGCAGGAGGAGUUGAACACAAACCCCUCGCGUUUGAUUUAGGUCUGUUUGGUGACACAAAAUUUUUAUUUAUAAUUUGCCCAGGACAAACAUGUGGAAAUUCAGUGACCCAGAUGGAUGGGCAAGUGACUCUUCCAGAAGGGAUUUCUGCGACUAUAAUCUGCACUUAUUCAACUUAUUCAACCUCUGGGUACCCUACUGUUUUCUGGUAUGUCCAGUAUCCUAGAGAAGGUCCACAGCUCCUCCUGAAAGCCACGAAGGCCAACGAGAAGCAAAGCCACAAAGGUUUUGAAGCCACAUACAAUUCAGAAACCACCUCCUUCCAACUGGAGAAAGCUUCAGCCCAAGAGUCAGACUCAGCUGUGUACUACUGUGCUCUGAGGGACACAGUGACGGAAACUGCAGGGGGAGCUGAGCACAAACUCUGA